GAGGCGGUGCCCUUCCCUUCCUCCCGCCUUCGACCCGCCCCUCCGCUCCGCUGCCCGCCUGAGGGGGUCUCGGGCGAAGGAGGGGGUGCGCACCCCCUGACCGCCGCCAUCAUGCAGCGCCGGGUGUUCGUGGUGGGCGUUGGGAUGACCAAGUUUGCAAAGCCUAAUGAGAAAAGCCUGGAUUAUCCUGACAUGGCUAAGGAGGCAGGCCAAAAUGCUUUAGCUGAUGCUGGGAUUCCUUAUUCAGCAGUGAAGCAGGCAUGUGUGGGCUAUGUUUAUGGUGACUCAACCUGUGGACAACGGGCUAUCUAUCAUGGUCUGGGGUUAACUGGCAUUCCUAUCAUUAAUGUUAACAACAACUGUGCUACUGGAUCAACUGCUUUGUUCAUGGCCAGACAACUGGUAGAAGGAGGUUUGGCAGAUUGUGUUCUGGCUCUUGGCUUUGAGAGGAUGGCAAAAGGAUCCCUUACUUCAGGUUUUUCAGACAGAACUAACCCAAUGGACAAACAUUUGGAAAUUAUGAUAAAUAAAUAUGGUUUAGCAAGUGCUCCAGUAGCACCUCAGCUGUUUGCAAGUGCUGGCAAAGAACAUAUGGAGAAAUAUGGGACAAAUCCAGAGUACUUUGCAAAAAUUGGAUGGAAGAACCAUAAGCAUUCAACUAACAACCCGUACUCCCAGUUCCAGCAGGAGUACACGUUAGAUGAAGUGCUGCAUUCUCGCAAAGUUUUUGAUUACUUGACUGUCUUACAGUGUUGUCCAACUUCAAAUGGUGCUGCAGCUGCAAUUUUGGCUAGUGAGGAGUUUGUGAAAAGACAUAAGUUACAGCCCAAAGCUGUGGAAAUUCUAGCUCAGGUGAUGGCUACUGACUACCCAAGCACAUUUGAAGAGAACAGUUGUAUGAAGAUGGUUGGCUAUGAUAUGACUAAAAAAGCUGCAGAAAAAUGUUUUGAAAAGGCAGGCCUGAAACCUGCAGAUGUUGAUGUGAUUGAACUCCAUGACUGUUUCUCAGUUAAUGAGUUUAUUACCUAUGAAGCUCUGGGACUCUGUCCAGAAGGAAAAGCAGCUGACCUGAUUGACAGAGGUGACAAUACCUAUGGAGGAAAAUGGGUCAUUAAUCCCAGUGGUGGGUUGAUUUCAAAGGGACAUCCACUUGGUGCUACAGGCCUGGCGCAGUGCGCGGAGCUCUGCUGGCAGCUGCGCGGGCUGGCGGGGAGGCGGCAGGUCCCCGGGGCAAAGGUGGCUUUGCAGCACAACCUGGGCCUCGGCGGGGCCGUGGUGGUCACCAUCUACGCCAUGGGCUUCCCCGGAACCGGCAGUGCUGGCCGUGUUGCAGCUGUGCCUCUCAGCGCAGCUGUCGAUGGAUUUAAGUCACAGUUGGUCUUCAAGGAGAUUGAAAAGAAGCUCCAAGAGGAAGGAGAACAAUACGUCAAGAAAAUUGGUGGAGUCUUUGCCUUCAAAAUAAAAGAUGGUCCUGGUGGAAAAGAAGCAACUUGGGUAGUAGAUGUGAAAAAUGGUAAAGGCUCUGUGGCAGUUAAUUCAGACAAGAAGGCAGAUUGUACAAUUACAAUGGCUGACACUGAUCUGUUAGCUCUCAUGACUGGCAAAAUGAAUCCUCAGACAGCAUUCUUUCAAGGCAAAUUGAAGAUUGCUGGGAACAUGGGCAUGGCAAUGAAACUUCAGAGUCUACAGCUUCAGCCAGGCAAAGCUAAACUUUGAGCUCUUUAGAGUAAACAGUCAGUAUGUGAUAUUCCUAGCAGAGAAAGUAGAAUGAAAUUAGGCAUUAUCAAUAAUAUGGUACAUGAUGGGUUAGAUUGGACCUCUCUCACCUAAAUUCUGUGGUUAGAGACCUUAAUUCUUUUAGUAUAUUACAUCAGUUUGUCUGUGGCAAAGAUUUUUAGGCUAAGCUUGAGGCACUAACUCUUACAAAUGGUAUAUGAUGGGUUAUUUGUGACAAUUUUUGUUUCAAUCAAUAUAAAAAUUUUUAUAAAACUUUAGAGUUGAAUGAGGCUGCUUACUUUUGUUCAGGUUAAUUGGGAAGAGAGUGACAAAGAUUAUAAAUAGAUUGACAUAUCAAUUGAAUAAGUUGCAUUUUUUUAAAAGCUGUAACAGCAGGCCAUAUAUAAAUGCUUUCAGACUUCUAACAGAUUUGUUGCUGGUUAAAUUAAAAUGGUCUUAUAAAGGGGAUCUCUUAACAUUUGUUUAGAAUAGGUUUUAGGAAUUUGCUAUAAAAUACUUUUGUUACUGCUACUACUACUUUGGAAUUAAAAAAAUAAACAAAAUAUUCAGAAGUGAGUAGGAAUUAGGAUGUUGCUUUGGGAUUCAUAGUAUUUGGUAAUACUUCACCUUGAAAAAAAGAUUAGGUUCUCCAGGAGAGCAAAGAGGGAGUCUAACCAAUAUUUUACCUUUUUUUCUCCUGAGAAAAUCUGGUGUUGAUCAUUAUGAAAUUCUUAUCAGUAAUAUAAAAGCUUUAACUUCUGUUUUUGGAAAAUGUACUCUGGUUGGGAGUUUAAUAGAAAAUUAAAUAUACUUUUCCUGUU